AUGGCCAAUACAUGUGUGAUUGGUCUCAAAGGAGUAGAUUGCACCAAUUCUGAUGGAUCAAUAGUUAAGGCGUCAGAUCUACAAAUGGAGUCGUUGAUUUUAGCUGGAUUGGGAUAUGAUCACGCAACACAUACCAUAAAACCACAAGUUUUGAAAUCAACCAAUUUCCAAAAAGUGGAACCAAUUAGAGAAACCAACACUGUAAAUACUCUCUCCAAUGCUCAACAGUUAUAUAGCAUGAUUUAUCCUAAUCAUGAUGGUUCUUCAAAGGUAUAUAAUGGUUUAUACUCUCACAAUGAGGGUGUUGAUUUAAUAUUCUCAAAAUACUUUCAGGGAGAAUUUACUGUUUACAAUUCUCAGAAACAAUUUGUUUCUCAUCAUGUUGAGAGUGAGGGAACAAGUAUUGUAAGCGGAUUUGAGAAGAUUAUUGAAUUUCUUCCUGGGCAAUAUGAUGCAGAUCUUUACAAUUUGGUCUUGUCAUACUUUGGAGAUUCUGUAUUGACAUCUGUUGAUUAUGGUGGAGUAGUUGAUUUAACUAGCUCAGUUCGUUCGUGUUUCUCUGACGGAAGAAUUCAACAAUUUGUCCAAUCUGAACUUUCUGAUAUUGUUGGACAAGCUGCUGAAUCCAUGCCUGACUCAUAUGCAAGAUAUCACAAAGUUUCUCAAAUGGAUAUUGUUGGAGGUAAUCCAGAAAUUUCAGACAUUAGACAACGUAUUCCAACUUUCAGUGCCAAUCCUGUUCCUAUCUUUUUCACAACCAUACCAAUUUGGCAAGCAUUUCCAGCAGGAAGCAAGAGAGAAAAUAUGAAAUAUGCCUAUGAUAAAUUCAUGGCACGUCGUUCCUCAAUUAUUUCUGACAUGGUCAAUAGAAUGAAUACUCUUCAACAACAAGAAUCUCAACAAGCAAUUCAAUUCAAGUCUUUUGGAAGAAAUAGAAAUGGAAUUCUUGUUGACAUUGGAACAGUAAAUUUAGGACUAGGACAAAAAGCUGUUAUUUCAGCACCAAGAUGUUUCUUUCAAACCACAAUAACUGAACUACCUGCAUCUGCAAGUAUCAAUCUAGUUAGAAAUGGUGAUCAAACGUUCCAAUUCAAUGCACUUUGCAGUGCUAGAAAUGGAUUUGGACAAACUAUAGUAGAUCAACAAAAUUCACAACUAGGAAAAGGAUCAUGUGUGAGUGUUGGAUUGCCAGUUCCACAAGAACAAACUGUCGUCGUUGGAAGCAAAAAUCAAUGGGGAAAGGUUCUUGUUGGAUGGAAAUAUCCUGACAUUACUGAGGUUAUUGUUUGUGGUGGGUGCCAAGCUUUUAUUUCUGGAGAUGGCAGAGGAAUUUCAUGUCAUUGUCCAUUUGUCCAAUAG